UCUAUAUUCAAAUAACAAUGCUAAUAAUAAAUUUAAACCGCUUACUAAUUUAAAUCGGUUUAAUCCUAAAUAUGAUCAAAGUGGGCUAUACUGUAUUAAAGAAAGAUGAAACUAAAAAGCUUCAAAAUUCGUAAAUAGUGUGGAAAAUAUAGUUCAUAGUCUGUGUUUAAUGACUCACAGAAAAAGACAGCCAUCAAUUAGCACUAACACGACGUGUCGUUAUGUUUACAAUCAGCAAUUGAUGUGUGGUGCAGAAUCGACGCAUGCGCAUUUUUAUUUUUCAGUAGUGAUGUAGAAAAUGGCGUCGACGAAGUCGUUGGAAGAUAUGCUGCUGUCUUCAGACAUCGACGAGUCGGCGGUGAGUGCACUUGUCGGUUCUCUUGAAUCGCAGCUGUCAUCAUCAGAUGCACAUUAUCCUCGAAAUGAAUUAUCAGCUCCUUCUAUCAACAAUAAUCACAUAGCAAAUGCAUCUGUCGCAGAUUGCGUUACUAGAAUGCCUGAUGGACAAAAACAUGGUGCACUUUUAGGCAGUUUAUUAGAACAAGGUAGUGCGAACACGAACAAGAAUUUAGUAAAUUCUCAAAUUAUGGGAUUGAACGCUGUUUCAUCUCAAACUUUGUCGAAUGCAGUUAUAGUUUCUUUACCUGGAGCUUUGCCUGCAAGUGGUUAUUUAAAUCAAGUUAGCUCAACGCAACAAGCCUUGCUUAACUCCUCCGUUGUAAGCAGGCACGUAAGCAGUGCUGAUAUAAAGCUCGUUUAUUCACCUCACUCCACAGCAUCACAGUUCUCAUCGCCCGUUACUUCAACAGUGGUAACUUCAGGUGUUAUUACAUCGAAUCAAUUAUCACGGAAUAAUUUUAAAGUGACAUCUUUACAUAAUGGAAGUUCGAAUUUCAACGCGGGACAGAUUGUGACUGUGACUUCGGGUGGCCCAGUUUUAACGGGGCCGCAAACCAGCGCUGCAACGUUGAGUGCAAUGCAGAAUCUUGCCAAUAUAGCAUCUCAGCAACCUCGCAUUCAAGUUGUGAGUCAGAGUGGACAGCAUCAAACAAUCUCGCAGCAACAAUUGAAUGCCUUAAACGCAAAGAAUGUUUCACCUAGGAAUCAAAUCGAUACUAAGACUAAACAAAAUUCUCCGCAAGUGUCUCGGCCAGACUGCAAUAAUCUACAAAAUUCGGGGGUUGACCAACGUCAGUCUCCUUCACCAGUGUUAACAAAUCAUUAUCAGGUCCUUAGUGGCCAGGCAUCUGUGAUUACCUCCAAACCUAAUCAAGUGUCUCAUUUGUCAAAUCCAUCUGUAAAUGUUGUUACUCAGGUUGUAACAAAUCCUAAUAUGUUGCCUCCCAGUGUACAGAUUCUUAAUGUUAACCCAACUCGAUUUGGGCAAAAAACAUUAGCUCCUAGAGGAUUAGUGCUUGGAAAUCAAGUGCGAAUAGCACCCCAGAUGUUGCGACAAGGCACACCUAUUCAAGUUCCUGGUCAAGGUACAAUUGCUUUACCUGCUGGUAUGCGAGGAGCUAUUGUAGUCAGAGCUGAUGGUAGUCAGUAUCAUCUUCUUAAUGUGGCUCCUCCCCCUGGAUUGCAAUCUAGUUCUACUACUUCUCAGAAUACAACAUACAGGCUGCAGUCAUUAUCAGCUGGUGUUCCGGGUAUAAUUAGAACGUUAUCUCCUCAACAAGUUGUAUCUGUUCCAGUCUCUUCAGCUACUAUAAAAACACUACAGUGGGUCAUCAAAGACAUAAUCAGCCACCGUAUUGGCUCAGGGCGUUUCCGGGCCCCAAUGCACGAGAUGGAACAUGCAGUUAGAAGAGCUGCAUCAACUGUUAUCCUAUCAUCCAUUCAGCACCACUUGCCAGUUCGCAGGGACCCAGAGAAAUGA